AAUAAUAAACGUCAAUGUGAUUUUAAAGUAUAAUUUGGCGGUAUUUAAUCCCUCAUUUUUAUUUAUACAAAAUAACUUAUACAGAACAACUUACAUUUUUUUUAUAAUAUUAAUACAAUAUUUAUGCAAUGAAUAGCGAUGAUAUGAGUGAAUCAGACAGUAAGCUCGCAACACCCGAUUUUACACCGAGAAGGGCUACAAGACAUAGAACUAAACCGAAAAAAUAUGAUGAGUACUUUGAAUCGUCUCCCACCAAAAGAAGAAGUUAUAAAAAUGUUGAAAGUUCAGAUGAGGAAAUAAACGAGGAACCGCUUUCCAAACCUAAAGCUUUAUUCAGUAAUGAUGAUGUUGAAGGCCAGGAUAUAUUUAGAUUCAAGUCCCGACACACAAAACAUGAUCUCCAGAACAAAGUCAAAGCUGUGGUGGGAAAUGUUGCCCCGUCUCCCACGAAAACGCCAAAGAAAAAUACACAUUUAUUACAAAAAAUAAAUCAUGGAAAUACACAGACACCCAAGCAUGUUGUGGACAAAAUUAAGAAAAAAAUAAUAGCCAAAGUUGAAAAUAGUUCAGACAGUGACUAUUCAGGCAGCAGUAGUGACUUUGUCCCCGAUAAAAGUGAUGAGAGUUCUGCGUCAUCAGGGAGUGACUCGGAUACUGGAAAUGAGAUAGAGAUGAAGACUUCAACGGGAGCUCAGGUCGCAAGGAACAAAAACAGAAUGAAAACAAAAGAGUCUGAAUAUUUUGUAAAAUCUGAUAACUAUUUCAUGAUGAAUUCAACUAAAAAAAUAACAACAUCGGACCAUACAUUGGCCAGGUUGAAGAAUAUGAACAUACAGGAGGAGCAAAGCUCCUGUGACUACGUGACACCCGAACAUAGAAUAAAGAUCUCUGAACUGAUAGAGACCUAUGGACAGUUGUUCGACAAAUGGCUGUUCGAAUUAAACGAAGGCUUUAAUAUAUUACUGUACGGAAUAGGCUCCAAGAGGAAUAUCGUACAAAGAUUCCAGGAAACGCUAAAAAGUACCCCCUGUAUAGUGAUCAAUGGUUUCUUUCCUAGUUUGACCAUGAAAAACAUCCUGGAGUGCAUAGUGAUCGAUCUGUUGGACGAUAGCCACGUGUCUUCUAACAUGGGGGACGUGUUGUGCGUCAUAGAGACUCGGCUACGGGACUUGGACACAUAUUUAUUGGUUGUUGUACAUAACAUUGAUGGUGUGAUGUUGAGGAGCGGCAAGUGUCAAGCUGCGCUGGCUGGGCUGGCUGCUUUGGAACACGUGAAGCUGGUAGCCACCAUCGACCACAUCAACGCGCCUUUGUUGUGGGAUCACAGUAAGCUGAGUAAGUAUAAGUUUUUGUACUACGACGUGACGUCAUUCCUGCCGUACGAGCACGAGGCGCCGGGCGUCGCGCACACCCAUCAAGCCGGCGGGCUGCAGCUGGCGGCGCUUAACAGUGUGUAUAGAUCACUCACCAACAACGCUAAGGGAAUAUUCAAUAUCAUAGUGGAAUAUCAGCUGCAGAACCACAAACAGUCUCACUACCAAGGCGUGCCGCUCAAGGAGUUAUACUCCCUGGCCCGCGAGCGUUUCCUGUGCAGCUCGGAUGCUGUGUUGAGAGCUCAUCUCACGGAGUUCAUAGAUCACCGGCUGAUGAGGAUCAAGAGGGCGGACGACGGUGAUUACGUUAAGGUGUUGUUGGACACCGAGGUGCUUAGAGGAUUCACUCACACGCUGCUAGACACGGGGACAUGAGCAAGGAGUUUGCGCUCCUGACACCCGUCAACUCGUUACGACUAGUGACGUACAAUAAUUAAUUUAAGUAAAGUUAUUUAUUGCUUUCAUUGUGCAUAUUAAUUAAACUCGAUGUGUAUAUUUUUUAUAGGAAUUAUAUAACAAAUGCAAUGUUUCAAACAAGUUCAUAAUGUAUGUCUGUUACAAUUUCCUUACAUAUUCUAUCGACAUAAUAACAUUACAAUAAUAUUCAAUCACAAUUGCCUUGUUAGUGUCACAUCACUACAAAAACGAACAAUGCACAUGACCUUGAAACAGCCAGACCUCGGGUUUGACUUAAAAAAAUACAUGUAUUGUUUUAUAUUUACAAAGUAAUCGUAAGUAAUUUUAAGCACAAAGUUAUGAUACGUCUUGUCUAAAGCAUAAUUAUUCCAACCUUUAUGUUGUUUCUAAAUAAAAUAUAUUAAAGGUUUUGCCGCAAAGCGCUCUUCAAUUCAAAGUAGCUUCACUGAAACUAGAUUACGCUUAUUAAAAAGAUUUCUGUAUUACGUGUAAUGGACACCGAUCUGUUGUUCCAAUUUUAAACAGCCUUAAAAAUAUUUAAUUUUAAUUCGGGCCAACUAUAUAUAUGUAUCCUGUAUUUUCAUAAGAAAUGUUGCCGUAUUUAAUAUUUUCUUGUCUUGUUUUGGAAAGUUCAUUACGUAUUAAUGAGAAUGUGGGAUCUGUUGAAAUUUUAUCACACACAUAUAUAUAAUAAAUAGUUUGUUGGUGAUGGUAUGUGUGUUCAAGGUUCCUCUUAUAGUGUGAUAUUUCUGAUAUUUUUAGAUACACAUUUAAGUCUGUAUUGAUACAGGUCUUUUUCUAUUUUCAUAAUGAUUUUAUAAAUAAACAAAAUGUUUUACUAAA